CACCCUUCAUCACUCAGCCGCUUUCGUUUUUCUGUCGCUCGCCUCUCCAAACACGUUUGUUCCUUCUCUAAUAGUGUUGACACAGGUUUCUGCUUGACGUACGCCAAAGACCCAUCACUUCGCAUGCUCUGAACGCGACCAUGUCCCCUUCUUCUACCAACGUGGCCCCGUCCAGCCCGCAGAAGCGAGUCUUACGCAUCUACAUUGACAAUUCCAACAUUUUCAUCGAAGGGAAAAAGGCACAUGCCGAACAGACCGGCGCUGCCAUUGACCCGUUCUGGCGAAUCGACUUUGGUAAACUAGGGAAGGUCCUCCACAGGGAAUCCAUGUUCGCGCCCGACGGAGAGCCCUUUGAGGUCUAUGUUAACUUGUAUGGGUCCACCCCUCCCAACAGCGAUUCGCUUUGGGAUGCUAUGAGGGCCCACAAUGUGCAUGUGGAGACAUACGAUCGACAGGGAGUGACUGGGAAAGAAAAAAGAGUUGACACAAAUAUCGUCGCCGACAUGGUCGAACAGGCAGCUGAUGACCAAGCAGCCGGAAUUAAAGCCGGCUUCGUGCUUCUCUCUGGCGACCUCGACUUUCAUCCAACAGUGGAAAAAAUACAGAGGAGGGGAUUUCCGUUCCAGCUUUGGUCGUGGAAGCACUGUCUUGCUAGGAGGUACACGAACCUUGGGGGGAACCUUUUCACGCUCCACUAUCUCGAUGAUUAUCUUCAUGAGUUCAGCUUCCGCGAAAUGCGAACCCCCGAUCCAUGCCGAUGGGGGUACUCCUGUACCUAUUUCCCCGACUGCUGGUAUUCCCAUACGAUGGAAGAGGAGGCUUACCUGGCCUACGGCCCCUAUAAUCUGGGAGGGCAAUCUUUCUGA